AUGUUUACAUCGUUUGUUGCAGCUAUAGCAAUUUUUGCUUUAAACGCAGCAGGUCACUAUCAACAAGGACAUGAUCUAGGACACGAUCAUGGACAUGGUGGAGUAGGAGCUGUGGCAGUUCAUUAUUCUGUAGUAACUGAACAUAAAACUGAUUAUCAUGGUCAUGGCGGUGAAAGUGGUGGUCAUGCCUCUGUUCAUACUUGGGGCCAUGAGGGAGGUGACAAAGCUGCUGCCUACAAAGAUCAUGAUGAUGAUGGCCACUAUGGCGGACAUGAUGACGAUCAUGAUCAUCAUGCUUAUCCUAAAUAUGAAUUUAGUUAUGGUGUCAAAGAUCCUAAAACUGGCGAUAUUAAAAGUCACACUGAAACUAGAGAUGGUGGCAAUGUUAAAGGUAAAUUAAUUAGUUACACCUUAAAAGAAGCUGAUGGCACUACACGUCAUGUAGAAUAUUCUGCUGAUAAACACAAAGGCUUUAAGGCUAUCGUUCAUACCUUAGGUCAUGCUCAUCAAGCAGCCCAUAAUGAAGGUCAUGGUGGUCAUGGUUAUGAUCAUGGUCAUGGUAAAGCUACAAGUUAUGUUAUUGUUAAGAAACAAGAGGAAGAGAAGAAACAUUAG